AUGUUUUUGUACGCCUGCCCUUGGCCAGGUCAGUUGAGCUCGGCGAGCAAUGACGAGCUGCCCCAAGACACCAUAGGUACCGAUGCAAAGACUGACCAGGAGGCAACUGAUAACAUUCUGGGGCCUUUGCCUUCCCCGGACAUUGACAAAUUGCUGAUUGCUGAGCCUCUUCCAUGGGCAAAGAAAGAUGAGACGGUGGAGGAAAAGGACCGUUUUCCAUUCACACGGGAGGAGGAGGCAACUGACGACAUUCUGGGGCCUUUGCCUUUUCCGGACAUUGACAAAUUUCUGAUUGCUGAGCCUCUUCCAUGGGCAAAGAAAGAUGAGACGGUGGCAGUGGCAGUGGAUGAGCCUAUCAAUGAGGAUGAGGACGAGGAACCCUACCCCGACGGGCCUGAUAACCACCAGGACGAAACGGAUGACUCCAUAGAAGAGGAGAAAUUCAAUCCUCGCCCUCCAAACCUACCCCUGUGGGCACGGAGGCUUUGCGAAGAAGAAAUUCAAGAAGGGCCCGAGGAAGGGGCAAUAUUUUUGUCGUGA